AUGCAGUUGAUUUGGGGGCUGGCUGCCUUCGCUACUUUGGCUUCUGCCAUUCCCCUCGAGGGUCGGGACUUCCACUACGGAGACCGCUCGGUCUAUGCUUCAGCAUAUAAUGCGGCGCAACCUCCGCCGAAACAGACCUACGCUCCAACUCCGGGAGGUUCAGGAGACUCUGGAGCUUGGUCACCACCAGACAACUCGCAAGGCGUCCCUGGCGCUCCGAAGGAGGUGAGCGACGAUCCCUUCUCGCUCGAUAACGGCUUCCCCAAUAUUCCGAACCCAUCCGAUGCCUUGACCAAAAUCAAUACCGCGGCUCGGGGUACACUGUCGAACGCACCGCCUCCCGCCAAAGCCCCAUCCAGCGAGACACUCACGUCGCUUCGCCUGGUUGCCUUCAACGAGCUCUUUGAAACCUUCUAUUUCACCGAGCUAUUGAAGAAUGUAACCGAGGGCGUCGCAGGUUACGGGUUCCAAGACCAGGGAUUCAAACAGAAGGUCAUCAACACCCUGACUGCGGUGCAAGCUCAAGAGGAACUGCAUGCGCUGAACGCCAAUGGUGCUCUGGCAAGAGCCAAUGCGGGACCAAUCCAGGCUUGCUCGUACAAGGCAAGCGUCGACAAUUUCCACGACGCCAUCUUCCUCGCCUCCACAUUCACCGAUGUCGUAUUGGGCACACUGGCCGACAUUUCGGUGGUUGCCGGUCAGAAUGGUGACGCCGCAAACAUUCGCGGUUUCACUGCUUCGUUGGGUCAAGAAGGUGAGCAGAAUGGCUUCUAUCGGGAUUUGCUCGGGAAGUUGCCAUCUGCUUUGCCAUUCUUGACGGCCUCGCUGCGAGACUUUGCAUUCUCUGCACUGAACCAGAACUUUGUUGUGCCUGGCUCCUGUCCUAACAGCAAUACCAUCGACCUCAAAAUCUUCGGCAAAUUGGAUGUCCUCACGCCAAAUCCAAUUCAACCCAAGGACCAGGAUCUCAAGUUCUCUUUCAAGCCCAAUGGUGGUAACGCUGAUGGUCUGUCUCUGGUGUACAUCAAUCAGCAGAAUGUGCCGGUCGUCCAGCCAAUUACAGGCGGCAAGCCUGGUAGUGAUGGGGUGGUCAAAUUCUCUUCGCCACUUCCAUACACCAAGCUUCUCAUGAAUGGUCUGACGAUUGCGGCGGUUGUAGAAGGCCCGGGACCUUUCCCAAAUAUCACAUCAGUCGCCGCAAAGACACUUUUUGGUCCAGGCUUGAUUGAGAUUAAUUGA